AACACUUUACAUGUUGCGUUUAUAUUUUUGUUCAGUAUACGUAUAAACAAUAUUAGAUAGGUAGGCCAAUGACAUGAUCAUUUCAGUAGACUCACAGCUGUUCACUCUGUAUCACGUUCAUAUCUGGGUGCGGCGCAGCGUUUGACGCCUUGGUUGCCACUCGCUGACGCUGCUGUCAAAUGGCAACUGCCAACGCUCAAGAAGGAAACUCCUCCCUGUUGACAGCACGUUCUGUCGCCUCCUCAGCGCAAUGGUCUCUUGGAUAAUCUCUAGAAUUGUGGUGCUUAUAUUUGGCACAUUAUAUCCUGCAUACUACUCAUACAAAGCUGUCAAAUCAAAGGAUGUGAAGGAAUAUGUAAAGUGGAUGAUGUACUGGAUAAUAUUUGCACUGUUCACCACCAUGGAAACCAUCACAGAUAUAUUUAUCUGUUGGGUUCCUUUAUAUUAUGAGCUGAAGAUUGCCUUUGUGUUAUGGUUACUGUCUCCCUACACAAAGGGGUCCAGUGUUCUAUACAAGAAGUUUGUUCACCCAACACUUUCUUCAAAAGAGAAGGACAUUGAUGACUAUCUCUGCCAAGCAAAGGACAAAAGCUAUGACACUCUGGUGACUUUUGGGAGGAAAGGUUUGAAUGUGGCAGCCACAGCUGCAGUCCUGGCUGCGACAAAGAGCCAAGGAGUACUGUCAGAUAGACUGCGAAGUUUCAGCAUGCAGGACUUGUCCGCCUACCAGUCCGACCCAACUGAGAUAGACGCUGGAUCUGUCCACACCCAGUCUGCAGCUGGACAACAAAGGGCCAGGACGAUGAUGCGCAGCAAGUCAGAGAUUGGCUACACCAAGGGGCAGGAUUUUGACAUGACUGAAUAUGAGGUGCUGAGCUUCGAUCAGUGUGACACCAAGGAGCCACUGUCCCACCCUAUUACGCCCCCCGAACCCAUGACUGAACCCACACCCACUCCUUCGCCCUCUCUGACCCCCCAGCCCGCUCUACCCUCUCCACCUCCAUCCCCUGCACCCCCAGCAACAGAGCAGACUGAGGACAUGGGGAGAGGGGGGGAAACAUCCACAAGCUCCCCACAGCUCAGGUUGAUUAAGAGGAAGGCACCUGAGCCUCCUCCUAGAGUCUUAAGGCCUCUCACAAGAUUCAGGAGUGCCCAGCUGUCUUCAAACAGAGAAGCCAUGUGAUAUUCUGUGAACGCUCCCAAGACUGCUUUAGCUGCGAGGAGAAGAGGGUAAAUAAGGAAAUGUGGCCAAAAGCUAAAUGUAUAAAACAGCCUUGUUUUAGAAUAAGGAAACCAAAGUGACUUGUGAAAGUGUACACACCCCUUGCACAGUAUUCACAUUUUGUUGCCUUAAAAUUGUAUCUAAAAAGGGAUAAAAAAAUAAAUAAUUCUGCGGAUCUACAAAACCUAUUACACAUUUUCAAAGUGAAAGAAAGUUAUUAUUAUUUCAAUUGGUUUUAUUGGUUUUUAAAAGUAGAUAAUCAACAGUAACAAAACAUAAAUACAGCAACAAGUUACAUUGGUACUAUCCAAUGCAACAGCUGUUGGACAAUACAAAUUAUAAUAAGAAAAUAAAAUAAGAAAAAUACUAUAUAAGUAAGUUCAUAACAUCCCUUACUCAAUUUAGGAUGGGCCAUAACAUCCCUAACCCAGUGAGCAUGCGAUGGCGGGGAAUCUGACUUCCAUUUAAAAAGAAUAAGUGGGCGGGCCAGAAGGAACGAGAAGGCUAUGGCCUCUGCUUGGGUGUUACAGAAAGUAAGCCCUUCGGGGGCUACCCCGAAAAUAGCGACAGAGGGAUCUGGGGCAAUUUCCUUAUUGUAUAUACAGUUGAAGUCGGAAGUUUACAUACACCUUAGCCAAAUACAUUUAAACUCAGUUUUUCCACAAUUC